AUGAGUUUCUGUGCCAUUGGAAAGGCGGUGGUUUCGCUGACAAUUUUACUUGCAAAGUAUGCAUUUACAAUGCCUAACCAAAGGACAUUGUUGGAAUUGGACAUUUCAAAUCACCAUCCUGGCAGGAUUACAGUGCUGCCAUCGGUCAAGAAUCCGGGAGGAACCAACUAUGCCGUUCGACGCAAUUCCAACUUUAGUCACGUAAUCGGCGCAGUUUUUGAUGAGGGCGAGCUUAUUGUCGAGGGAGACAAAAAUGCAAUGAGUAGAUACGUGUUGGUGAGAAUUCGGGAGGACGGCUCCAAGUACGUGAGGGUAAUGACCAGGUACAGGGAAUGCCGCAGGUUUUUGUCAUACAUUCAAGAGUUUUCAAAAGGGAUAGGGGAGCCAAAGUAUAAAAAGGUCUCCAGAGAGUUGAUGACCUUGGACGUUCUGGACCAAAAGACAGAUGAAACCAUUCAGGUAACCUCUAGAAUGGGUUCUGAACCGGAUAUGCCAGUCAAGGAGUAUUGCGUUCAACCAAAGCUUCUGGACAAGGUGGUAAUUGGUGCUGUGACUUAUGGCAAUUACCUCGUAGAGGAUAAAGUGAGCGGACUAAUAUCCAGAAAAGUCAUUUGGGAAGGAGGGGAGUAUUAUCCCCGAAUAAUCAUUCAAUCGCAGUACAAGGACUCUAAGGAAACUGAGGCAAAGUACGAGUUUAACAUGGGUAAAGUGGACAAGUUUAGCAUCUAUGAAAUCAAGACUGUAUCCCUAUCUGUUCGUGGGUAG